GCCGCAGGAAGCGGGUGGCCGGCGUGGCCAUCGGCGUGGCCAUGCUGCUGGUGCUGCUGGUGGCCAUCCCGCUGCUCGUGCACGGCUCCAAGGCCGCCGCGCACUACGAGAUGCUGGGCAGCUGCCGCAUGGUCUGCGACCCCUACCCCGAGCUGCCCCCCGCCUCCCCGCCGCCCUUCCUGCCCGGGGCCAAGGGCGAGCCGGGCCGCAAGGGCCGCUCCGGCCUCCGCGGGCCACCGGGGCCGCCGGGCCCGCGGGGACCUCCGGGAGAACCGGGCCGGCCGGGCCCGCCGGGACCUCCGGGCCCGGGGCCGGGCGGGUACAUCCCGUCCUUCUACAGCCCCAAAAUCGCUUUUUACGCCGGCCUGAGGAAGCCGCACGAGGGUUACGAGGUGCUGCGCUUCGACGACGUGGUGACCAACGUGGGCAACUACUACGAGCCCUCGAGCGGCAAAUUCACCUGCCCCCUGCCCGGCAUCUACUUCUUCACCUACCACGUCCUGAUGCGCGGCGGGGACGGCACCAGCAUGUGGGCCGACCUGAUGAAGAACGGGCAGGUGCGUGCCAGCGCCAUCGCGCAGGACGCCGACCAGAACUACGACUACGCGAGCAACAGCGUCAUCCUGCACCUGGACGUGGGCGACGAGGUGUUCGUCAAGCUGGACGGGGGCAAAGUGCACGGCGGCAACACCAACAAGUACAGCACCUUCUCCGGCUUCAUCAUCUACCCCCGACUGACCCCCGCGACCCCCCGGGACCCCCCGGGACCCCCCCGGGACACCCCCGGAAUCGGGAACCCCCCCGGGACCCCCCGGAACCGGGAGCCCGGCCGACCCCCAAGUCCAGCACCUUCUUCAGCUUCAUCACCGACCCCGAGCGACCCCCCCGGGGCACCGGGACCCCCCCGGAACCGGGAGACCCCCCCAGAACCCCCGGGGACAUCCCUGGAACCGGGAGACCCCCCCCGGAGCCCCCCGGAACCGGGGACCCCAAGUGACCCCCAAUUCCAGCACCUUCUCCGGCUUCACCACCGACCCCCGAGUGACCCCCGGGGACAACCGAGACCCCCCCGCGACCCCCCCGGGACCCGACUGACCCCCCCCGCGACCCGGGGUGACCCCGGGGACACCGAGACCCCCCCGGGACCCGACUGA